GGAAGAUCUCAAUUGUUCCUCGCGUCCUCUCUCCUUCUCAAAAACAAUUGGAUGAGAAAGCCUAAGGUCCCGCCCUUCUGACCCUCUCCUCCAAUGGGUUUUUUAGAAGGAGGCAAAGCGAGGACGUAUAUGAGAUUCUGCCCAUGUUGUUGCGUUAGCAUGUAUCUAGCUGGCUAAUAACUAGCUAGCAAGACGGCUAAGGUUAAGCUAGCUGCAUUUAUGGUUUGCCAUUCAAAUGUAACUUUCGAGUGAAAUAUAAAGUUUCACGGACCUGGUCCUUACGACGACAGUGCAGACCCAGAGAGAGGCCCCACCAUCUGACAUCCUAGGUCUGGCAGAUUAUGACCCAGUACCAACCACAGUCCAACCGCUCCAACUUCUUCACUGUGAAAACAGAGGCCUCCUCAACACCACCUCUCGCCACCAGCAUGGCCAAUAGCAGCGCCGCCGCCCCAGGGAAGGUGAUGGGCACACCUGGCCCUGCCGGCAGAAUCAGCCCAGAAGGAAGUCAGGUGUUGAGUAAAAAGAAGCUGCAGGACCUAGUAAGAGAGAUUGAUCCCAAUGAGCAGCUCGAUGAGGAUGUGGAGGAGAUGCUGCUGCAGAUUGCAGAUGACUUCAUUGACAGUGUGGUGACGGCUGCCUGUCAGCUGGCCCGCCAUCGCAAGUCCAACACCUUAGAAGUGAAGGACGUCCAGCUACACCUGGAGCGCCAAUGGAACAUGUGGAUUCCUGGCUAUGGUUCAGAUGAGAUUCGGCCGUAUAAGAAGGCUUGUACCACAGAGGCCCACAAACAGAGAAUGGCAUUGAUCCGCAAAACAACCAAAAAGUAGCAAGACCUGGAACCAGCCUCGCACAAACCCUCUGAAGAUAAUGAAAGUGUGGGUUUUGCAUCAGGCUAUCAAAGGGGGAAAACUGUGUAUAUUUAUAAUAAUGGGGGACAUUCUUUCACCCACGUCUUCAUCUCCCCCAGGUUUUGUGUGUGAUUUGUCAGUGCCAUCAUCACACAAGUAUUUUGAUCUUUAGUUAUUUUUAAUACUUUUCACCACAGACUGGCCAAAAUCAAACACUCUUCAUUCUGUGGAAAUGUACACUCAGGUAUAGAGUGUUGUUUUGGGACAGUGUUUUGUUUUUGGAAUUAUCUGUUCAACUUUACUUUUUUGUUCAAGGGGUAACCACCAAACACACACUUUCAAUAUGGUGGUGGCUACCAUACUCUUUCCCACUUUUUUCCCUUUCUUUUGUCUGGCAUGCAUUUGCUGUUGUGUGUUUAGGUUUUGUGUUUAGUUUUUGUCACAUAAACAAACCCCCUUCAUCUAACAUCAGAAAUGUACACCAUUUGCAUUUAGUUCGUUUCCAGAAUACUGUCAUGGCACUAUGUUUUUGUUUGCUGUAGGGAUCUGAUGUCAUCUCCAUAGUUCAUUAGAAAAUUACCCAGGACAUUGUUUUUCAUAAGAUGUCACCAAUUAACAACAAAUGACUGAUUUAUUAUUCCAAAACAAUAAGGAUGUGAAAUAUGGCUUGUAUCGCCAGACUGCAGUGAGAUGGCGUUGGGUAAUGGUCCUUAUUUGGGGAUGUGUGGGGAAGCAGUAACAUUUAUUUUACUUUAUAUGGCAGUGUUUUAGUUUAUUUUUAUUCCAUAAAUAAAACAAGAUUCAUAUUUCA